CGAACCAUUGCCGCAGUUUUAGGUUUGAGCACCUGUCACAUGACGCUUCAUAUUUCAGCGCCGCUGUUCGUCGGCGCGGCGAGUUCGUGCGCUUGGACGCGGCGUGGAUGUGGAUCGGACGCUGCCGUCCGGCGAACGCUGCGAGAGUGCAGGCUCUCAGUGAGACGGGCUGCCAGAUUGCCCCGACACCCCUAUUGUGCAACUGGCAGCAUCACCCACUGCCUGCAAUGGCGUUGAAGCGGCUUCAGUGUGUCUAAGCGUUUCUGUAGUGGCGAUUCCGUCCUGGACCGUUUACGAGCGUGGGAGAGAAAUGUUAUUUUUGGGAAGCUUUUCCAGCGAGAGCAUCCAUAUUUCCCUCCGCAUUUGCCCUCUGGAUUACAUUUCUUGCCUGUUAGGAGCCCAACGAAGCUGGAGCGUUGAAUGUGUGACUAGGCUUAAAGCACUGGAGUAGGCCCGACUAGACUCUGGACUCUAAUGAGGUCACAGCAAUGCUGACAUUGCCUCUAAACCCAAAGACAUCAUCAUGCUGAAGACGGAGGCUUCGGGGGAGAGGACCAGCCUCCGCAGUGCCUCCCCCCACCGUAAUGCCUAUCGGGCUGAGUUUCAGGCACUCAAGAGGGCCUUUGACCAGCCUCGGAUUGACGGGGACUCGAAGCCCAAAGACCUCGAGCGGGUGAAACAACCGAGGGGUCGCCAGUAUGGCGCUCACGUCAGUCGCAUUAAGGACAUGUUCAUGCAGAUGGGCUCAGAAAAUACAACCAGUAAAGCCAGGGGUCGGGACGAAUCCUCGCCGCAAAAACCAGUGAAGCCCACCAACUUCAUCAACAAAACUGAUGGAUCAGUCAUCAAACUUCAACAUUCUUCGUCUGCUGAGAGGAUUGGGGGUGCAGGUGCAAAGUUUUCCGAAACAAGGAAAUUAUUCGAACAACAGUCACGUGACCAAUCCCAAUCGCCGGUCUUUCCCUACGGACGCGACAAGAGGGGCUCUCAUGAACACCUUGAUGACUGGAGAGGAGCGAGGUCCAACAGAGGCAGCACAGACUCUCUGGACUCUCUGUGCUCCAGAACCGAGGCAUCGUCGCCAACCGUUAGUCAGCUCAGUGCUGUUUUUGAAAAUGCUGACCAACACAAUCAAGGGGGCUCCUAUAGAGGAGUCAGUAGGCGAGCCCUCUACUCACCUGAUGGAUCCUAUCGCCAAGGAGGAGAUCUCAGCGAGGAUGAGUCACGACAAUCUCCAGUCCGCGGAAACUACCAGAACAAAAUCGGGGACAAGUUUCCUGCGUCUUCAUCUACUGAGGACUUCCUGAGCCCCAGUCCUGGAGCAGAUACUUCUGAAGCCAAAAAAGAGAGUUCACAAGAUAAAGAGAUCCAGGACAAAACUGGGGAAGCUUCUAGAAGAGACAGGCAAAAUUUGUACAAUGCCACCACCAAUGGAAGCCAGGUUAAUGGCUCUUGCGAAGAAGAAGAAAAACCCUCAGAGUCACUGACACUUAUCGAGGACCAAGAAGUCACCAAAGCCUCAAAAUCUACACGUAGUACUGUGAUUACCAAUAAAAAUUUUGAAGAUGUUACUCAUGAGCCACUGCCCACCACAACCCUGCAAACUGGAGAAAGCAAAGACGACGUGGAUGCUUUGAAGCAGGAAACCUCCCCUGAACCACCCAAGAACCAAAUUGAAGAACCGGAGGAGGAAUAUACAGGAAACGAGAGGGUGAUUUUUAAUGCAGAUGGGGACGCCUGUUACCAGGGUUGGGGGGAAAGCUGCACCGAUCCCGACGAUGACCUGUAUGGUGAUGACGAGGAUAUUGUCUACGACCCAGGCUCCGACGUGACGGAGAUCCCUGGUCUGCCGGAAGAAAACAAAGAGGACGUCCCACCAAAGAGGAAGAUUCGCUUCAGCACGUCUCCCAUCACAGUGUUCAACACCUACUCCAACGAGGACUACGACCGACGUAACGAGGAAGUGGAUCCCGUGGCCUCCUCGGCGGAGUACGAGCUGGAGAAGAGGGUGGAGAAACUGGAACUCUUCCCUGUGGAACUGGAGAAAGAUGAAGACGGCCUCGGGAUCAGUAUCAUCGGGAUGGGCGUCGGCGCCGAUGCAGGCUUGGAGAAACUGGGCAUCUUCGUGAAGACCGUCAUCGAGGGUGGAGCUGCCGAGAGAGACAGCAGGAUCAAGGUGAAUGACCAGAUUGUGGAAGUGGACGGGACCAGUCUGGUGGGUGUGACCCAAAGCUUUGCUGCUUCAGUCCUGAGGAACACGUCAGGAGUCGUUCGCUUUGUGAUUGGCCGAGAGCGCCCAGGUCAGCAGAGUGAGGUGGCCACGCUCAUCCAGCAGACCCUGGAGCAGGAGAGGAGGCAGAGAGAGCUCCUGGAGCAGCAGUACGCCCACUACGACGCGGAUGACGAUGAGCAGACGGGGGAGUAUGCCACCGAUGAUGAGGAAACGGGAUCAACAGCGGGUGGCGAGAAGAGCAUAGAGGUGUUUGAUCUGCCGGAAACGGAAGACAUCUUGUCUCCUUCGGAGUUGGAUGCCACUAAGCUGUACCAGAAGUUCAGAGAGCUCCAGAUCAAGCACACGGUGACAGAGGCCGAGAUCCAGAAGCUCAAAACCAAGUUGGCGUCCGUUGAGAAGGAGAAGCAGCGCUGGGAGAAGGAGAAGAGCCAGCUGAAGGCCAGCAUUGAGGAGAACAAGGAGAGGAUGCUGAAGCUGGAGAGCUACUGGAUCGAGGCGCAGACGCUCUGCCACACUGUGAACGAGCAUCUGAAGGAGGCCCAGGCUCAGUACCAGGCUCUGGAGAAGAAAUACAACAAGGCUAAGAAACUCAUUAAGGAUUUCCAGCAGAAAGAGGUGGAGUUCAUCCAGAAGGAGGAUGUGGAGAGGAGGCGGCUGGAGGAGGCUGAGAAAGCUCACCUGGCUGAGAUCCAGGGACUGCAAGUCAGGAUUGCAGCAUUGGAGUCCGAGUUAAUGCAGCUGAUGAAGCAGAAUGGCAUCCAGGUCAACAACAACAACAGCAACAGCUCUGAGAGGCUCAGCGCUCAGCAGCACAGCCCGAGCGGAGCUGCAGCUCAACCUAGAGAAGUCGACGAAGGAUCCUCUCAGACAGGCUGCACGGGAGACGGCAUCAGUUUCCAAGAAGGACAGAUUUCUGAGACACGUGGUAGUCCAGCGCGCAGUUGCUUUGGAUUGGUUCGCGGCGAUUCAAAAGACGGUUCCCCCAGGAAAACACAACAUGGUUCUCAGUCAGUUGGAAAGUUGAGCCUGGACGAACACGGACAAGCUCCGGACCCUGGUUCCACAGAACCGCCAGGAGAUGGCGGUGUGCAGAAACCGAAGGAUAAGGCACCGACCGCGGGCGACGACCUGAGCGCCAGCAGCAGCAGCAGCUCGGUGGAGAUCAGUGGUCUGCUCAGCGCCACCAGGGUGUCGGGGCGCUCACACACCCCAGUGUUGUCCUCGGAUGAGAGUCUGGAUAUGAUAGAUGAUGAGAUUUUAGAUGAAGCACAGUCUUUGAAGCAGCACCACUGGCAGAGCCGCAGCAUCACGGACUGGACCUCGCAGCAAGUGGCGCGCUGGCUCGCAGGCCUCAAUUUAGAACACCAUAUCCCAGAAUUCACUGCCAAAAACGUAGACGGGGAGCAGCUGCUGCAGCUGGACAGUGCCGAACUCAAGACUCUUGGUGUGACUUCUUCCCAGGACCGCGCCCUGAUCAAGAAAAAGAUCAAAGACCUCAAAGUUCUGAUGGAGAAGGCCCGGCGCAACCAGGAGAAAGUGGAGAAACAACGCGAGAAGAUACGGAAGAAGGAGCUGGAGCAGCAGCAGAAGGACGCGUGCAAAGAAAGCUCCACGGAGUGAAAAGAACCCGACCUCCUUGUUGUCGUACUGUAGCGCCACACGGAGUAGCAUCUCGGUCAGCAGGUCCCUCGUAGAAACCCAGCGGGGGACGCCUGCUCUGUAGUUCUCAAAGUUGGAGCUCCACAGCUGGCCGUCAGAAAGGGGCUGAGUGACCUAUUCCCCCUGACAUACCAAAACUAAAACUAGCUUUUGGUUGGUGGAAUCCUGCCCGUCAUUUUCCCAGUUUUCUUCCCCCCGUCCAUCCUGUAAUUUUCCCCUUUUUGACGAGUUGCUAAGUUCUAUUUAUUUUUGCUGUUUAUAGCUGUAAAUUGGAUUUUAUUUAUUCAUAUGCAGAGUCAAUCUGUGAUGAAGUUCAUCUCAUCUCAUCCUCCUCCCACAUCAUCACAGACAAAAACACGUGUUCAUGUACAGCGAUGAAUACAAAAUACGGAUAUGUCUGACGUGCCAUUUUAAUAGACUUGUGAAAACCUGAAUGAGCAGAAUCUACUGUUUUUUUUGUGAAGCAGGUCAGUUUUCUGCGAGGUAGAUUUUAAAAGGCCAUCCCUCACCUCCCGCCACUGGGUGGUCUCCAUGACGCUUAUUUCCUCCACCCAAGGAAGCAGAACAGGGAGACAAGAAGAUCUGCUGGAGAACACUGGAAGUGCAAACACUGAAAAUGUUGACAUUAUAUACAUCACAAAGCAGCUCGACUGAUAAAAGACGUACUGUAUUCGCCGGACUGGGUUUGUAAGUGAUUUUCAGGUACUGUGCAAGCAGUGAAUUUGUAAACCUAACCUAAUCCUCAAGAAGCUCAUUUACUGAAAACUUCCUGCUCAUAUGCAUAAUGUUGCUCCGACUCCACUAAUAACCUGCUUUUGACCUCCUUUUGUAAGUCGGUAAUAAAGUUAAACCCCGCUGCUGCCUUUAGACAUGCUAGAGUAGUCGAAUACUUCCUGAGCUCUACCUGCUUCUGUGUGCGUGUCGAAACGAACGCUAAGCUAAUUCUCUUAUAUUCUUUCUUGUUGUUCUUUUCGAUGACUCACACGCAAAUGUCAUGCCUGACGCUGUAAUGUUACACUGGAAAUCCACGUUGAGUAGAGAUGUACCGAUUAGACUUGUUGGGCCAAUUUCAGAUGUCCUGCUUUUCUAAGGCUUGAUCAAUCAACGCCAAAUUUAGCUGUGUUCAAAUCUGAAAACGCGACGUGCAUUUUACAAAGUUUGAUAACGCUUUGAUAAUGUUAGUCACCAUAAGGGCUGUUCUGUUAUUUUAAAACGGAAAGAAAAUGGUUACAAAGGUCACGUUUUAAGCCAUCGUUAGCGUUAGGAUUUGCACAGCUAGCAUGUUUCAUACUACAAAAAUAGCAGACUUUAACCUUAACUGUGAGAUUUACACACACACACACACACACACUAACAAAACAUCUCCAAAUUCAGAAUAUUCAGUAACAGAGUGAAAGCUCAAAUGGAUAUCAUAAAGCAGCUUUGCAGUACAUUUACCCUUCCUGUUACAUGCUGGAAGUUUUGCUCUCUCACACUCUCUUGCAGCAUGAACAAAUUCUACAAAUUUGUUUCUACAGCAGGACAUGGUGUAG